AUGUCUCGUCUCCUCCCCUAUCUCUUCUCUACCCUUCAUCACAUCUACCAGCUCUUCAUGGCAAACACCCAUCCCCAACUCUUCGCGAUCUACAUCGAGCCACCCGACGGACCCGAUACAGGUAGCGGCGGCCUCGAAUCACUCAGCUACCGUUCCGCGUAUUGCUUCUAUGUGAACAAUACCGGAGCCCAUGAAUUGGUCCUAUCGCGCAUCGACUAUUGCAAGAUGGCUUCCACCCGCGCAAUGAGAAGACGGACGACCUUCCCUCCCCCGCCCCCGCCCCCGCCCCCUCCCCCUCCCCCUCCCCCUCCCCCCUUGUUCACCUCCAAUGCGCCAGCCCGUCUCUCCGAGAUGUUGGACGGCCUCAAGGGGACGGAACUCGCAAUUGACCGUGCUGUUUGCAUCGACGGCAUCAGCACCUCUCCCUUCAGGCUUGCCCCAUACGACGUGCUUGCGAGUGUUACCCCAUCACCUCCCAUUGCGUUCCACAAGGCUCUCGCCGCCUUCAAAGUCGUUUCCCGCUCUAAGCCUUACUACGACACGCGCUUGGCCAAUUGCUAUGUAUUUGGUCUCACCUUCUUCAGGCUCCUCGUCGGGCCGGACGUAUGGGAGCGGGAGGUUAUGAAGGGUGCGUUCACGGAGAGCGCGGGAGUGUUUCACCUCCCACCCGUCAGCAUCAACGUCUUGGACCGUUCCGUCAAUGGGGCAUCCGAGCUGCAGGGCGAGUUUGAAAAAGAGGUGAAGGCGCUCGAGGCGAAGGCAGCGAUGAGCAAGCGCCAGAGCACAGCGCUCCAGGUGCUCACAGAACAGGGGGUCUAUUCGGGAAGCACCUCCGGUCAAUCGGCCCAACUCAAUCUCCCUGACGUUGGGAUGAGGAUGGUCAGUACAGACUUGGAGAUAUCGGCCUACUACUAUUACUAA